AUGAACAACAUGAACCAAGAGGCGAUAUCGACGUCAGCCAAUCAUGAAUCGGUGGUGCCAGAGCCGGAGGACGGGGUUUUGAAUGAGGAAACACUUUUUGACAUGAGCAUGUUAGGGGACGAAGAAGGGUUUCUGAAUAUGACGCAGACAGAGGUGGAGCCUGAAUCUGCUCAGGUACCAAGUCAUGUCAGCAUUGAAGAUGUGCUGAAGAUGGAGUUCUUUACCCCUGGGGAAGCAAGGGAAUUCUACACGAGUUAUAGUAGGCUAAAAGGUUUUGCAAUAAGGAACAGUAAGACGGUAAAAAAUGCCAAAGGAGAUAUCGUUAGAUACAAUUUUGUUUGCAACAGAGAAGGAUUUAGGCAGAAGAAGUGGUUAGAUAAGCUCGAUAGGAAAAGAGAGCACAAGCCUAUAACGCGAUGUGGGUGUGUAGCAGAGAUGAGGAUAAAGAAGAAUCAUGGUAAUGGAAAAUGGUAUGUUUCACAGUUUGUGGAUGAUCAUAACCACACCCUACUCCCUGAAAGGUUUGUUGGAUAUCUGCCUUCACACAGGAAUAUGUCUGAUGCAGAAAUUGCUCAAAUGAAUAGCAUGCGGCAAGUUGGGAUAAGCAUUCCGAAGAUAUACCAGUCAUUUGCGAUGCAGGUUGGGGGCUUUAACUUAGUAAGAUUUACUAAGCAAGAUAUGCACAACGAGGUGCGAAAGCAACGUGCUCUGCAGAGCGGAGAUGUGAAUGCCGCGCUGCGUUUCUUCGAACAUGCUGCCAGAAACGAUGAGAGGCUGUUUUGGAGGUAUCAGGUGGCGGCUGGUUCUCGCAUGUGUGACAUUAUAUGGAGUGAUGGUCGAAGCCAGGAAGAUUAUGAGGCGUUCGGUGAUGUCCUCGCCUUUGAUGCGACCUAUGGGAGGAACAAGUAUAACUUGCCGGUUAUUGUUUUGUCCGGUGUUAAUCACCAUAAUCAGACAUGCGUGUUUGCAGCAGCAAUGGUUUCAUGUGAGUCACAGGAUUCGUACAAAUGGGUGCUGAGACGGUUUCUAGAAUGCAUGCGGGGAAAGGCCCCGAAGGCAGUUAUAACUGAUGGGGAUCCUUCUAUGAGGCUAGCUAUUAUGCAUGUAUUUCCAGAUGCUCAUCACAGACUAUGCGCGUGGCACCUACUAAGGAAUGCCACUGCUCAUGUCUCGCAACCACGUUUCACACAGUUAUUCAAACAGUGCAUGCUCGCUGACAUAGAGGUUCAUGAAUUUGAGAGGCAGUGGGAGGCGAUGGUUGGGGAGUGUGGUGUUCGAGAGGUUGAAUGGGUGAUGGACCUCUAUAGUAAGAAGUUGUCCUGGGCAACCGCGUACAUACGGGGCAGAUUCUUUGCAGGUUUAAGGACAACCUCUCGGUGCGAGUCGUUGCAUGCUAAGUUGGGUGGGUUUGUGGAGAGUAGAUAUGGGAUAUUGGACUUUAUUACAAAUUUUCAGAGAUGUGUUGAUUUCCUAAGAGACAAAGAGGAGGAGCUUGACUUUCGUUCCUUUUACGGUACCCCGGUGCUUCAAACGCACUUUCAAGAGAUUGAGAGGUCAGCGGCGACCCUGUAUACCCGUGAAGUAUUUUAUAGAUUUCGAGAGACCUUAAAGCGGGCUGUGAGAUUUAACAUUAUCGACCGGGAGGAUUGUGAAAACGGAUGCUGCUACGUGAUACAAAAGUAUCGCCGACCGGAGUCAACUUGGCAAGUGUUGCACCAGCCGCAGAAAGGAACCUUUGAAUGUAAUUGCCGCAGGAUGGAGUCAUAUGGGAUCCCUUGUGUUCACAUAAUUGUUGUUCUGGUAGGUAUUGAUAUCGGUUAUCUGCCCGAGACUCUGGUCCUCAAGAGGUGGUGCAGAAAUGCCAAGAACAAUGUGACUUUCGUUAGACAAGUUACUGAAACGGGUGAUGCUGCAUCCCGGUACCGCAGCAGACUUGGUGCAUUUGUAGACCAAUGUAAGCGUUUGGCCAAGGUGGCUUGUCUAAGGGAGGAGGACUACAAGGUAUAUAGCGAGAAAAUGGCACGGAAUGUUGUCAUGUUGGAGGUCAAGAAUGGAUUGCGUGUCGCCGAAGAUGUUAAUACACAGCCUAACGGUGAGGGCGGUGGUGGGAUAAAUGAUCCGGUCCGCGUCCGAACAAAAGGCACCGGUAGAGGAAACGUUUCUCAGCAAACAAAGGGACCGAAGAAGAGAAAAUGCAGCGCCUGCGGAAAACUGGGUCAUCGCCGAACUCGCUGCCCCAAUGGGGCUGACCUGCGCCCGGGAUGUCGUGGAUCGCAACGGGUUCCCAAGGGUCGGCAAGCUGAAGCUCAGGCGACAUCGUCACAGACGACUAGACCAGAUCACUUGAACUGUUUUACCUCUGAAGUUGCAACGGGUCAGCAGGAGCUCCAGAUGGGGGCGGGCACGAGGAAGAGGAAACUAAGGGUUGAGCUUCCAAAUACAUUCCCGCAAUUCAUGUCAUAGGAGGCUAUCGUAGACAAAUAGACUUGUAGUUGCUUUCAUUAUUCCUCUAAGUGUAGAACAUUAUUUUUACGGAUCACGCACUGAGAGGCUAGCCCCCAACCAUGUUGUGUUAUUGACAGUGUGGGAAUAUCAACUUGAUUGAGUUUGUUGGGUUGUUAUGAAAUAUCCUAAUGUGGUAACAAAUUUGUGUUGUAACAGUGGCUUCUUAGCAGCGUAUAUCAUUUCGCGGUAAUAAAAAAGCUUAUUAUAUUCUAACAGGAGCUUUUGUAAUAAGUAAUAUGUUCUCUUGAUGGGGCAUGCAAAGGUUGCUGCUUUAGUGCAGGACGUUUCCUCGCAAGGAAGGGUUUCCUCGCAAGGAAGG